AGAUCUCUAUCAUAUCCUCGUUGCUUUCGCGUGCUAUGAGAAUUCCCACCUGGACCAGCCGCCUUGAUAUAUAAAGAUUUAUGAGCCUCUCCGUUAUCUUUCUUCCCAAGGAUGUCUACAACUUCAUCACUUUCUGAUUACAAGCCUUACCACGCUUCGACAAUGGACAUUGACCGAGCCGAGUCUGGCUCCUCUCAGCUCCUACUCAAAAACUCCAUUUCCGAUGACCUCACGGCAGAUGAUAUUUCCUCCUGUCGUGUGCCCGCGCCGAAUGAUACCCCGCUCGAGACGCCCUUGGAUCUCCUGCACCGAUGUCCCCAGGAAGAACCAUCCCUGAAGUAUUUCGCUAGCAAGGAACUAGUUUCUGCAUACGGCGAGCUCUUCGAUGUCUACAAGCAUGUCCGGGUCGACAUGUACACACAUCCCAAUCUCUUGAGAAUCUUGCUCAGUUACAGGAACUUCUGUGAAUAUAACCGCUGUCUCGACAGCUCUUGCCAAGGUCUUGUUGCCGAUAUUCUUCAAGAGAUUCACGAUAGCCGCUCGGAUACUGUUCAUUUCACUACUGAUAAAAUCGAAGGCGAGAUCUUUCUUUUCAAUCUGGAGAAAGUGUUCAGAGUCAUCGAACCUCUCAUUACGUACUCGGCGGCACUUUUCUUUGCAAGCGGUAUUCUCCUACCGUUCACCUUGCUCUGGGAGAUUUUGCUUAUGCUGUUCAGCGCCGUCCUGGGAUUUGCUAGCUUUAGCGCCCGCAAGUACACGUAUAAAGUCUACGAUGCUAUCAACAAAGUGUACAAGCAUAGCUAUCUAAGCUCAUUGGCCUGUCUUGACUUGGCGGCAUUUUUCUCACGUUCGCUGCCUGGCAUGUCGCGUGUAGCGGUAUCCUUGAAGUCUUUCCAAGCUCACAUAUUCAAUCUCCCAGAGUACAACAAGGAGGAACAUGAAUUCUGGCUGGAGGAACGACUCUGGGCUGCUACUGAGUACAACAGCAUGUCUGCAGCACGCAGGUCCCGAUACAUCAUCGACGCGUCCACGACCACGCUUACUUCAGAGGUUCCCGGUAAUUCGUCAAGUUCACACAGCUCUCCUACUACUAUUGGUCAAACAAGUAGCGGCAUUCACGUUCAACUCGCGUCAACAUUUUUCCGUCGGAGGCAUUCCCCUGUUCAUUCUUACUAGAUUACUCUUACUGUCUAAACCUUUUGAAGUCUGGUACCUUGGUGAUAUUUCGUACUAAUUUGGGUUCUCAAACUGGCCGUUUCGAUUAUCUUGAAAUUAAUGACUGUUCACUGUUUCUUUGAUAUAUACCUAUGCUUGUCGGUUUGAUACAUAAUGGCACUACAUUCUACGUCUUCU